AUGGAGCUGCUCUUGAAGAAUAUUUGGACUCUACAUGGGGCUGCCCUUGAAGAAUAUCCAGAUGCUUUACUUGAGCUCAACAAAAACCCAGUGGAAGGCUUCUCAGCAGGUUUAAUAGAUGACAAUGAUCUCUAUCGAUGGGAAGUUCUUAUUAUUGGGCCUCCAGAUACACUCUAUGAAGGCGGUGUCUUCAAGGCUCAUCUUACUUUCCCAAAAGACUAUCCUCUCAGGCCGCCAAAAAUGAAAUUUAUCACAGAAAUAUGGCAUCCAAAUGUUGACAAAAAUGGUGAUGUCUGUAUUUCUAUCCUUCAUGAACCUGGUGAAGACAAGUAUGGCUAUGAGAAACCUGAAGAACGCUGGCUUCCCAUUCAUACAGUGGAAACCAUAAUGAUUAGUGUAAUUUCUAUGCUGGCAGAUCCCAACGGCGAUUCUCCUGCUAAUGUUGAUGCAGCGAAAGAAUGGAGGGAAGAUAGAAAUGGAGAAUUCAAAAGAAAAGUUGCCCGCUGUGUAAGAAAAAGCCAAGAAACUGCUUUUGAGUGACACUUAAUUCAGUUAGUUGCUUCACUUUUUUCAGGGUUUCCAAUUGAGGAAUAUGGCACUGUUUUUCCUGCACUCUACCCACCUAUUGCUGGACUUCUGUUUAUAUCAAGUUGGCAGACACUUGCAGGAACUGGGCUGCAAUAAAACAUGGCAGUUAUUAAUGCUGACAAGGAGUCUAACAAGUGCCAACAAAGAUUUGUGCAUUUUGAAAACUAAUGGAACUGCUUUAACCUUCAGGAAGAAUUGUAAAGAUGUGUACAUAGCACAACAUGAUCCGGAUAAUAUAUAUACUGUUCAUGUACAUCCACAAAUACACAUUGUACCAAAUAAUGCUGUCUUGUAGUUAGAAUAAGAAUCGUGUAAAUUCUAAAGAUUUUUAGCAGGUUCUUUUUUUCUCCACUCCAAUUCAUGGGGUUCUUUUCUUAUGAGCCUUUUCUCAAAUUUUCUCAUGAAGCAUGUUGGACUAAAACAAAUUAGGAUUAAAAAAAAUUCCAUUUUAACUUUUCUUUUCAGCCAUUAAAGUUUCGUUAAAAAUCUCACUUUAAUAAAAAUUUAAUACCUUUGUAACUUCCUUCCCCUCAACAUUUUUUGGGAGUACAUUAAUAAAACAUUGAGAUCUGUCAUUUGAUUCCGACAAUGACUUGAGCAUUGUCAUCAGGUGAUGCAUUUAUUCCCCUUAUGUUUUUAUCUAGCUGUGCUCAUCUUUUGGCUUGGAUGCAGCAAUAAGAUUUACAGCCAUGAAUUACGCUUGAGCCUACUAGUUGUUCCCAAAAGGGCUGAGAGCAUUUGCUUUGAAAGUGGUCAGCUAUGUAAGUUAGCCCAAUAUAGGUUGAACCACUUUUUUUAUUUCUUGCCUGAUUUGAAGUUGGAUAAAUAAAAGCAUGCAGAGCUAUAGGCUUCAAGUGAGUUCUGGUUUUGUUAUCAUAUACUCUCCCCUAUCUUACCUCUUCUUUUUCCUCUUUUUUGCAUUCUGAUCCCAUACAGAUUUUCCUCACUUAAUGUAUAAAGAGAAAUUGCAAUGUAUAUUUUCAUGUAACUUGAUUUUGGAAUUCUGUCACCUUCUGUAGUGAGUUCUUCCAAAAUAUAAAUUUUUCCAAUAGUUCUGUGUCAA